AUGGGAGUUAAUACUUUCACCGAUGAGCAUUGUUCUGCAGUCGCUCCAUUGAGGAUCUUUAAAGCUUCCAUUGUCGACUCUCAUAACUUGAUCCCAAAGCUCGUCCCACAAGCCAUUAAAAGCAUUGAAUUUAUCCAAGGCAACGGAGGAACUGGAAGUAUCAAGCAAAUCAACUUUGCUGAAGGUGGUGGUUUUGGUUCGGUGAAGUAUCAAAUUGACGAGCUUAAUGACAAGACACUGACAUACAAGUAUUCGUUGGUUGAAGGUGAUGCCUUGAUAGAAGGGCUCGAGAAAAUAACUUAUGAGGUCAAGUUUGAGCCAUCACCUGAUGGGGGCUCUAUCUCUAAGGUUACAAGCAAGUAUUACACUAAAGGUGAUUUUGUGCUCAAGGAAGAGGAUAUCAAGGCAGGAAAAGAACGAGUCCUUGGCAUGUACAAGGUUGUUGAAGACUAUCUCCUCAAGAAUCCCGAUGCUUAUGUUUGA